AUGACUCCGAUGAAAGAGGCAUCGCCACCAGUAUCGGCGAUGGCCACUCCGACGAACAGCAGUGGAAAUCUCGUCGACGAAUUCGAAGAAGCCUUUCAACAUUGCUUGAACGUCCUAACCAAAGAAGAGGCCUUGCCCACUUCCGAUAAAGAUGAAAUCAAAGUAGAAGUAGAACAAACGACGCUCCGCUUCAUAGAUUUAGCCAGGCAAAUGGAGGCCUUCUUCCUCCAGAAAAGGUUCUUAUUAUCGGCACUAAAGCCCGAAAUGAACGUCAAAGAGGACAUUAGCGAACUCCGCUUAGAAUUAGGACGCAAAGAGGAACUGCUAAAGAGACAUUAUGAUAAAAUUCAAGUGUGGCAAAACCUCCUGGCCGAUUUGCAGAGUUACUCGAAGAGCCCGGCUCAAGGCAGCGGAACACCAGGUGGGGGAUCGAUACCUCCGUCUCCGUUGCCCAGCAUCCCCGGUAACCAGACGCCCAAUCAGAUGAUGCCCAGCAUAUCGGCCACAAUGCAACAGCAGCUCCAGCAACAGCAGCAGCUGCAACAGCAACAACAACAGUUGCAGAUGCAACAGCAAAUGCAGCAGAUGCAGCAGCAACAAUUGCAACAAAUGCAGGUGGGUCCAGGUCUAAGCGGCGGCGGCGUAGGCCCGGGUAUGAUGUCCCCCCAGCAGGCCCUCUUCAUGCAACAACAAGGCAUGGGCUCGUCGAGGGGCCCCUUCGGGCAACAGGCGCCCGGCGGCGUCCUGCAAGGCCCCCUCGCCUACCUGGAGAAGACCACUAGUAAUAUAGAUUUCGCAGGCAUAACCGAUGGCCGCAGGUGACGCGGGCGCGGGAGGGGGCGCGGCAGAGGCAGGGGCAGAGGCAGAGGGCGCGGCCGCGGCGGCGGCACCUUGCCCGAUUACGUCUCUCCCUAAUACCCCCUCCCCGACCGGGCGUCUUCGAUGCUCGGCGACGAUCCGGCCGGUUUCAACGCGAUGCUCUUGGAGGAGGAAGUCCUGGCGGCGACGAUGGGUGGAAACGUCUUCUCCGAGAUGUACGCUUGAUGAUACCGGUUUUUUUUUUAAUUUUUUUCGUACGGUCGAUUACGACGCGUUGUAUCGAUUAUGUUAGAUUCGAUUGGUAGGCGUAGAGUAUAGGAAAUUUAGAAGAAUCGUAAUCGAACUAACGUUAUUCGAUUUAUUAUUUUUUUCAUGUUAUAACGACUGUACGAACCGCGGCCGUAUAUUUAUAAGGUCUGGAAAGUCCUCUAGGGUUCUCAAUACACUUCCGUACGAUACACGAAUAUUGAAUUAUCGUCAAAUUAAAUUAAAAUUGUCGUAAAUUACUAGCGCCCUCUGUCGAGAGUCACAUCAUACGCAACACCUCCUACUUUCCGGACCUGUUAUUAUACGACCGCGGUAUUCACUAAUUUGAUUUACGUCAUUUGAACUGUCAUUUGAAUUGAACCGAUUUUAUCGGUGUUCGCUGAUUUGAUUUUUUUUUUGAAUUAUUAAUUUCAAUGGCCAAGCAUGUGAUUUUAAAGAAAGGUUGGUCAUUAUUCGAUAUUUUUCUAAUCGAUUCUUUUAUACUUUGGUUGCGUAUUUAGCAAAAUGGUCGGCAAUAAUUUUUUCUUGUCGCUGAAAUUAAAGAAUUUUGUAUCAAAUACUCGAUCGAGCAAUAAAUCGCGCCUACUAGACAGCAAAGUAUAAAAGAAGGAAUUUACGUUUUUAUUAGAAUAGUUGAAUAUUUGUUAAUCAAUACAUUUUGGUACUAAUCAAAUACAAUCAAAAUGAUGUUAAUUAACAAAUCAUGAAGGCAAUAUAAUACAUGAUACAAGUAAAUAUGAUUUACGCUAGGUUAAUGUAAUUUUUAGUGAGUGAAUUAAUGACGAAAAGUUGUUAUCGGUCAGUACUUUUGUUAAUGUUUAUUUGUUGAAUCGUCUUGUGUAUAGUUUCUUUUUUCUGGGCGUCAAUAAGUUGCUGAAUAUCGUCGAUUAAAAAUAGGGAUAUUUAUCCUUUAAAUUUAAUUUACACUUUCCGACUUUAUCCUUUUGUUUAGAGAGCUACAUUGGACAAUUUCGAUGCAAUAAUUAAUAUUUAAAAAUCAAAACUAGACGUGUAGGUGUCGCCUAAGAGGAGCGUAUCUAAGUAUUAGCAUUUUUGGAGCCUCCUUGCCCUCCUCAGGGUACGCCUAUGCCUAUAAAUUAAUAUAGGGAAUAAACAUAUCGCUGAUAUCCUUCAGUAGACGCCCGUUUGUAAGAUAUGUUUUGAUAGGAACUUUUAUGGGUGGUGGAGUAACUUAUAUGUUUGAUAAAUGAAUAAAUGAUUCAAAGGGAUUCCAUCGAACGUAUGAUCUUUCCAAUUUUUUUAUCGAAACAAUUCGAUUAUUCCUAUUUCGUAUUUUAGCGUAUCCAAUACUUUAUAUUAUAAAAUAUUUGCAGGGUAUACUAAUUUUUAAUCAACCGUUAUUAUUUUAACCGAAAAUUUCAUUUGCGAUGGAUUAGAUUUUUUUAAUGUAUUUAAGCGUAAUGGACCAUCGCGGAUGAAAUUUAAUUCUCGAUAGAUAUACAAACCUUAUUGUUAACGCAUGUGCAUGUACGUUGGAUAUUAUUUUACUACGUGUUUCUCACACACAUACAGAAUGUAAAACUGUAACUCUCCUUCACCGGCGCACUGUGAUUUUUUAUUUGUUUCCCACGCAAUUCUCCCUAUUCCGGCAAAAAACGCAACUCUACAAAAAAAAAUUCGUUUCUGUGAUUGUUACUUAGGGCACACGUUAUUGAAUAAUUUAGUUACCAGGUGUAUUCGAAUGGUUCUGUAUUGUGCUAAUUUUUUUUAGUGUAACGUUACCGAAUUUCAAAAUUGUGAUAUAAUGAAUUUAAACAAAUAAAGACACAUAGCAUACUCGUAA